AUGAUCAGCAUUUUGUUGCUUUUUCAAGGAUUGUUCACGCCGAUUGUUUACGCGAAUGAAUUGGUUGAGACACCGUAUGGAGAUUUGAAGGGAUUCAGUUAUACAACAGCUAAUGGAAAUCAAGGCCGGGUCUUCCUUGGGAUUAAAUACGGUUUUGGUCCUCGUUUCAAGAAACCCUAUCCAAUCACAUAUUACGGGAAUGUGGAUGCGACAAAGUUUGGACCAAUAUGCCCACAGAUCGAUGGCCGAGACAAAGCGGCUCGCUUGGGAACAACCGUUUCCGAUGAUUGUCUUUCGCUCAAUAUCUAUGCACAACAAGACUCUCCAUCACUAAACCCGGUGCUUGUUUGGAUUCACGGUGAUCACUUGCAAACUGGACACGCGAAUCUUGACCCAGAAGUUGUUAUUGAAAGAUUUGUCUCUCGUGGCGUUCUUUUCGUUUCUCUUCAAUAUCGAUUAGGAGCUCUAGGAUUUUUCAACAUUCGCCAAUUUUUCAAUGCCACUUCUGAAUGGGAAAGCGAAAUUGACUCGAAUGUUGGCGCUUAUGAUGUGCUUUUGGCAAUGAAUUGGAUACAGAAAAAUAUUGAAAGCUUUGGUGGUGAUCCCAGACAGGUUACGGUAGCCGGUCACUCUUCAGGUGCCUGCCUAGCAAGCGCCCUGCAUUUAUCAGGAAAAGCUCAAGGCUUAUUUCACCGUCUAAUUCUCCAAAGCGGCACUUCGGAGACGUGUUUUGAUGGAGUGAACGGGUAUCGGGAUAUGCCUGCAAAAAUGGCACAGCAAUUUUGCUCAAUCGAUCUACACUCGGCCGAUCUCGAUUCAAAUCUGAUUCACGAGUUGGAAAUUUGCAUGUUAAAGCAGGAAAUUGAUCAAUUUAUCGAAUUCGAUAAAAAAAAUUUCCUUGGUUGGAGUCUCGUGGUUGAUGGAGAGCUGUUCGAGGGGAUUCCCGCUGAAAUGAGCGAACGUUUGGAUGAUGAGAAAAUCGAGAUUUUGUUGGGGAUCACGAGAGACGAAUGGGCUUUUUAUGAAAUGAAGCUGAUGCAAUCGGGCAUGAAAGUCCUCGAUCCGUCCGUCUACAAUUGGAGAAGUGUCGUGAAAUUUGUUUUAAAGACACUAGCUUUUGCGUUUCCUCGAUCGGUGAUGAAUGAAAAGAUGCGAAAAAUCGCGGACGGAUACACCCUCUCAUCGAUCAAUAAACAUGUGGCAGCAUGGUUGGAAACGACAAAUGAUGUGUUAACAGACGCUUUCUUUGCUUCGAAACUCGUCCGAGAGAUUGAGAUCUAUCGAAAUCACACAAAAAACGCUUUUCUUUAUGAGUUAACGCAGCCUGCGUCAAGUUUUUCAAUUGAUGGAUAUAAACCUGCAAUGCAUGGUGAUGACGUCACGCUGCUCUUUGGGCGGAAAGAGUCAAAAGCGGCCAAAGAAAUGACGCGAUUGUGGACGGAUUUUGUAAAAGGUUUCUCCUCAAUUGCGCCUUUGAAUCGAUCAGAGUGGAACUAUGCCGAAAUCGACGAUCUUGGUGUCACUGAAAGACGGGAUUUUCGAAGAAAUGGUAAAACAAUC